AGGUGUGUAUAGAAAUAUGUCGUGUGAACUCUCCAUCCAGAAACAACUGCUCUCAAUAAUGGACAGUUUAGUCUCAUCUAUAGUGACAGAAAUUUGUCAACUUGAUAUUUUUCAGUCAAAACUUCAAAAUGGAAAUACAGAAACUGAUAUUAAAUUGAAGAAUCUGACAGCUGCUAUAAGGAAAAUGACAAACUCAACAGCUGAACACAUCUGCAGAAUCCUUCAGAAAGCAUUAACUGGACCAAGAAAAGAUCUUACACAAGCAGAUAAACUAAACAACGGCAUAGAACAGCGGUCUGCUGGGAAGGGAAGACCACUUAAAACUCAGUACCCCAAUAUCCAAGAUGAGGAACAUAUCGAAGAAGGAAACCAGGAAUAUGUCACCUCAUACGAGUCAGGAACCACAUCUGGUGAAGAUCUUCCUCAGACUGUCGAAGAAGAGCCUGAGUUUAGAUUUGAAGAUGCAUUUGGCCAUGAAGAGGAACAAGUAGAGUGUCAAUCCUCUGUUGUUUAUGAAUCAGUAGAACCAGAAGAAUCUGAAUCUGUACACCAUCAAAGAGAAGGACCAAACCAACCAAACUGCAAAGAUGAAUCAAAAGACAUUUCAGUCCAGUUAAACAUAGACACACUGUAUGUACGCGAGAUUACUGAAACAGGAUUCGAUGCAACUCCAGACACUACUGAAGAAGUGCAACUGGAUGCAGAAGAUGAGCAGAAGACAUGCAGAACCUGUGGAAAGACCUUCACCUACCUCAAUAACCUCAGAAGACACCAGCAGAAGUUCCACAGUGGAGAAACAUCUUACGUUUGCCAAGAGUGCGGAGAGCAUUUCGGCAGCAGACGCCUCCUCCAGAUCCACUGGAGAGUCCACAAGGUGGAAAAACCUCACAAAUGCACACUCUGCGAGAAGACAUUUCGCUUGCCAAACCACUUGAGGAACCACAUGAUGAGUCAUGGUAGUGAGAGACCAUUCACCUGUUCCACAUGUGGUAAGAGCUUCACGUUGAUGAGCAUCCUCAAAUCUCAUGAGCGAACACAUGGUGGUGAGAAGAACUUUGUCUGCUUGCAGUGCGGUUCCCGGUUCCUCACCAAGUCUUACCUGGACUACCAUCAGCGAGUUCACACUGGUGAAAAGCCAUACCCGUGCAAACACUGUGGGAAGAGCUUCGCUCAAAAGAGCAACCUCAAGGCACACGAAAGGCUGCACACAGGUGAACAACCCUUCAGAUGCGAGGACUGCGGCAAAAGCUUUGUACACGCCAACACCUUCAAAUCCCACAAACAGCUCCACACGGGAGUCAAAGCAUUUUGCUGUGAGCUCUGCGGGAAGGGUUUUCGACGAGGAACACAUCUCAAGACUCAUCUACUGACGCAUUCUGGAGACAAACCAUUUAGUUGUGACAUAUGCGAGAAGUCUUUCACCCUCAAGGGCUCUCUGAAGACACACAAGCUCACUCAUACAGGACAGAAGAGUUACGCUUGUAACGUCUGCAGUAAACAGUUUACUCAGGCCAGCUCGCUAGCAAAACACAGACGGGUUCACACGGGAGAGAAGCCGCAUCGCUGCGGAAACUGUGGCAGGUCUUUCUCUCAAAGCAGCCAUCUUAACUACCACUUGAAGGUUUGUCACUCUGGGACAAAAAGUUCAGCUAGCUCUAAUGUGGAAGAGAACUAAUCUGUACCUUUUUUGAUUAAACGCAACUGUGCUCUAA